UCGAGGAAUGCACGGAAAGAAACACCAUAACUUUCAGCAACCAGGGGGCCUUCUAGUUGCUCAGUUGGGAUCGAUCGGCCGAAGCGAAAUGUUUCUUUGGGGGAAAAUAGUGGAACUGACCGUGGGUCUGAUCAACAUUUUGGUAGCGGUGGACCCCUUCUAUUGGCUUCCGGGAGUAUAUACGCUGCCGGCUAAGGGUGGUAGAUCUCUGAUUAUUACCGCAUCUGGAGUUCUUCUUUUCGGAGCUCUGCUUGCUAAAAAUCAACACAGAGGCAACAUUCUCCUAUUUUGGUUGAGUUCAUUAGUGAUUUAUAUUGCAACAAUAAUCUAUGAAAUCAGGGACAUAUACGAAUAUACGAAUAUUCUGGCGUUCUUAACAUAUAUCUUUCUGCUUGUAGUCAUGGGGCUUCUGAUUUACAGAGUCUAUAACGCCGAGAUCGAAACACCCACCUUAAAUCCACUCGAACAUGAAACCAAAGCUGAGGAAAUUGGUGACAAAAAGAAAGUACCCCAACCUACAGGUCCAGAGGACCCGAACCCACCUCCAUACGAAGUCAAAUGUCUAACAGAUCAGAUUGUUUAAACCAAAUAUUUUAUUCUUCUUUUAAUUUAUUAUUAUUUUUAAAAGCACCAUUGUGCAUUUUAUAAUGCCAUUUAGUAUGCUAGAAAACUUUUCGCAUCGAUAUCAUUUUAAAAAUCUCUGCUAUGUUUAACAAAUUUUGCCUACCUGGCCAUUAAAAACUACUGUUCAAAAGAAAAAAGCUUACCGUGGGUAAAAAGUAAGGUGAAAUUGUUUUUUUUUAUUUUAGGGAAUAAUGUUUUGAACGCUUGAGAGAUAGAAAUAAAUCGAAGAAGGUGAAAAGGUACUAUUUGGCUUGUUCCGAGUUUUAGAAAAAUGUUAGCAUAAAAGAUGUUUUUCGGGAGAUUUAUUGAAAAGGAUGAUAUUGAUUAAAAAAAUAAAAGAUUUUUUAUUUUACAAAACAAUUCGCCUUACUUUUUGUGGUACACUGUAACAAAAAAUUAACAAAUAUAUUGUAUGUUUAUAGUCUCCUAAAUUUGUAUCUGUAAUAAAAUGCUAACCCAAAAAUA